CCGCCCACACCUUCCGCACCUGUUGUUUGUCUGAGAAUAUAUUACCCCUCGUCACUCUUUGCGUGUGCGAGUACGGAGUACUCAUGAGAUACAACGAAGGCGUUCUGUUCUAGAUUUGUGGAGUUCUCCAUAGUUCGUUCAGAAUGGGUAGCCAAACAGGAUCCUCUGUUCGUCAGCUUUUAGGGUCUCGGAUCUGGAAACCAGGCUAUAUGGAGCCUUCUAAAGUCUCCUGGGCUUUCAUUCUAACUGCCGUCCCUGGCGAGGAAGAGCACGUGGUGGAGACUGCCCAAGGCCAUUUGACAUUGUAUCCUCCUGAUCUAUGGCAUCUAUUCGACCCUUCAUUGAAUAGCGUAGUUUCUCGCAAUCAGGGGGUGCCUAUUCUUCCAAGUACGGAGUACUCCGUACGGCUGCUCGUAGUUUUCAUUACUUCAGCUAUGCUUUAUCUAUCCAAGCUCUGGUUCGCCAGUUACUGGAUAUAUACUUGUAAGCAUGUUGUUGGCUUUGUUCCCCUGUGGUUGUGAUAUCCUCACAAUGUAGCUUCGUCCAUGUACCUACUCGGUAAAUAUA